CUCUCGUACCCGCGUCAAGGAAGCUUAGGGACAUAUUUAUUUCCGAACUUCCAGAGGAAACUAUCCAUGUUUUUGUCAAGCCACCGCAGCGAGGUAUGUAUUAGCUCUUGAUGGACUGAUGAUAUUUCGAUUGUUCAAUUGAUGAAGCUAUCUCAUCACGGUCACGUGUAUCUAUCCCUUUUUUAUGUUGUUGAGAUGAAUCUCGGCAACACUAUUUAACCGGGGGCGACUUUGGAUUUCAUCUCUAUAAAAAAAAUUGAAAAGUCGCCCCCAUGGUCCAUGCGCAUGCUCUGACUCUCACUGUUGUCUGAGAACACAGUUUUCAUUUUUAUUUUUAUUUUUAUUUGACCUGUUUACAUUGAUGCAUUUGUUAGUUUUUCUGAUUGAAUCUGUUUCGCGUUUCGCACACAUGCUCUGACUCUCCAUUAGCUGGCGUUCAUAUCUCAUUGACAGCAAUAUAUUCUUUGAUCUGAUCAAAAUGCUAACAUUUCUGCCAUUGCUGCGCUCUCUUAUCUUUCUAGAGACAUCGGGACAGAUUCUCAAGAGAAAAAUGGACGAAGAUCCACAGUAUAUUUCACCUUCAAAGAAGAUACGCAUUGAGGAAGGGUGGAGAGAAUACAGGGCUUCUGAUGGCAAAAUGGUCACGUUACCACCCUCUUGGAUCGCAAUGCUAGAGGAUUCUAGAUACCUUCCAAAACCACGUAAUGAGUUUGAACAUCUCAAAGACGAUCUGAAGGCUGGUAGUUGGGUCGAUAUACCAUCCCUGGGUCAAGUCCCAAAGGGUUAUAGAGUCUCUGAAAUUCUCGUCACGCACCAAAUGCUGGAGCUUUGGAACGAGAUGGAAGAAGAACAAAGAUGCGGGUACUUUGGAUACUAGUGAGAAAGCGGACUCAUAUAUGGAAGUGAUCGAGCGUUUCCUUGUGAUGAACAAGGAUGUUUUAAC